AUGGAACAGGACCAAGACGAGUCGCAGUCCGUGAACGGGAGCCUCCCCGAUGCGCCGGCGCCAGCUCCUGCGACUGCUCCUGCGAAGCAGACGUACCGCUCGUUCAAGAAGAAGUUUGCCAAACUCAAGAUCAAAUUCGAGCUGUCCAUGCGGGAACACGAAGCUCUGCUACGCGAAGAGCAGCGCAUCCAAGACCUGUCCAAGAGAAUCCAGGAACAGAACGAUCAACUCCUCGAGGUGCUCCUGGAAUUCAACGAAAGUCUACACAUCCCUCCACAUCUACGAUACGACCUGAGUCUCCCGAGCGACCGUCAUUCACUGCCUUCUCCAGAGCCGGAUGACGCCUCUCCGUCUUUUUACGAUGCAGCGACAGCCAAGGCGGCUUUGAAGGAAGCGAGAGCAGAGCUUGCGUCGGGCGAGAUCUCUUCGGAAUCGUACCGCCGCUUGGAGGAUGCCGUGAAACGCAGCAAGGCCUUCCAGCCGGCCGUCAAGUACAGCUCUUUGUUGAAUAUCCCGCACAGCACCCCGGGGCCGAUGACCAACGACCCGGAGUCCAAUCUGGCGACAACGCUGGGCUACCUCACCCCGGAGCACGAGAACGAGUUUUACUUGAGAACGGACGCGCGGCUGGGCGAUGCGCAGGCGGCGCUGCAGCUGAGCCAGCUCCCCGAGAAGCCCACGCUGAGCGAACGCGCACGCGAGGCAGCCCUGAACAGCCCGAUUUCGGUGUACAACUGGCUGCGUCGGAACCAGCCGCAGAUUUUCCUGCAGGACAACGAGAACGCGUCGGAGAAAUCGGGGUCGCGUCCGGCCAACCUGCGAUCAUCGAAACGGACGUCGACGCAGGCUCGCCCGAGCACCAAGGAGGAGGAUCUCUACGACGAGGAUGGCAUUCUGCUGGAUGUGGGACCGCCGUCUGCGAAGGGCAAGCGCAAGCGCGACGAGGACACUCAGUACCGGCCGAAGGGCGGCAGCAGCAAGUCGAGUCGGAAGAAGAGGGAGUCGGAUGCCAACUACGGCGGCAGACGGUCCAAGCGGUCGUCAGGUGUGGGCUCGUAG